CUGGGCGCGCCACUCUCUUCACAGCCAAGCAACCAUCGAUUCCUAAGCUGCUCGCUUUAGCUCGCUCGAAAGAUAGUAGUGUGCUGCGAUGGCCACCGCCAAUAUUCUGCUCCUCCUGCUCUGCUCAACCUUCUGUUUCCUUGCCCGCCGGGCUGCCGGCGACUACGGCUCGUGGCAGACCGCCCACGCAACGUUCUAUGGCGGCGGCGACGCGUCCGGCACAAUGGGCGGUGCGUGUGGGUACGGGAACAUGUACAGUAACGGCUACGGCACCAACACGGCGGCGCUGAGCACGGCGCUGUUCAACGACGGGGCCGCGUGCGGGUCGUGCUACGAGCUGCGGUGCGACAACGACGGGCAGUGGUGCCUGCCGGGCACCAUCACCGUGACGGCCACCAACUUCUGCCCGCCAAACUACGCCCUCCCCAACGACGACGGCGGCUGGUGCAACCCGCCGCGCCCGCACUUCGACAUGGCCGAGCCGGCCUUCCUCCAGAUCGCGCAGUACCGCGCCGGCAUCGUGCCCAUCGCCUACAGGAGGGUGCCGUGCGCGAAGAAGGGCGGGAUCAGGUUCACCAUCAACGGCCACUCCUACUUCAACCUGGUGCUGGUCACCAAUGUGGCCGGCGCCGGCGACGUGCAGUCCGUCUCCAUCAAGGGCUCCAGCACCGGGUGGCAGCCCAUGUCGCGCAACUGGGGCCAGAACUGGCAGAGCAACUCGCUCCUCGACGGCCAGAGCCUCUCCUUCCAGGUCACCGCCAGCAACGGCCGCACCGUCACCAGCAACGACGUCGCGCCGGCCGGCUGGCAGUUCGGCCAGACCUUCGAAGGCGGCCAGUUCUAGCUGCUGCUCGACCCAUUGAUUCACCACGACGAGAAUUUAUUUCCGUGACGAGAAUCGAUUUGCAUUUGGAGUGUGAACAAGAGAAGGAAACCUCUUCGUUGUAGUAAAGAAGAGGCUCCGGCCAUUCUGAGGUUGCUUAUUAGCACCCGCUUAGGCCUUUCAUUCUCUGGUAGGAGUAAGUUAUAUGGAUCAAGUCGAGUAUUUUUCUGCGCUAGUAAUUGUAGCCUUGGGUUAAAAAACUGCAGGGCGGAUUAUCCAGUUCCAGGUUAUCGUAGAGCUGCAGGGGAUCGGAGUGGUGUCGUGUAACUUUUGUUGUAACCCCCGAAUCCAGCCACAUGGGUGGGAGAUGUUUGUGGGGACUUGUGCCUUUGGUACCGUGAACAAUCCUUUGUUUAUGGUCUUUACAUAUAUGAUAUCGCUGUGAUUUGAUAA